AUGGGCCGCUCCAAGAAACACUCCUCCAAGAAACCCCCUCCCAAGCAACGCCCCCCUCAGCCAGAACAGCCCCAACCAUCGAGCUCCAACUCGACCACCCUCCCUCCCCUCCCCGCUUUCCCCCUUCCUCCACCUCAUACUCUCCCACCAGUCAUGGACUCCACAAACGCCCACUCGUCCCCUGCCAGCUCCCAAUACCACUCACAUUCCCCCACGCACCACAACCACAACCACAACCACCCCUCGCACUCGCACUCGCAGCACCAAUCCAUGACCCCCGCCUCUCUGUCGGCCGCCCUGCACACCUGGUCUGCCAAUGCUCUCAAGAGCAUGGGCCUGAAUAUGGGUGGGGAGGGAGAAGGAGGUAUGGGGCUGCCGACGUUGACGGAGAGUCAAAUCAGGGGCUUGACGGGGGGAGGAGCGCUGGGGGAUGGAGGGUUUUUCAUGGGGCCUGCCAGGCCGUCCGGGUCAGGCAGUGGAUCUGCCAAGAAUCGCGACGGCGGGCAUAACGAUGGGCAUCACCACACGCACACAUACCCCGAUCCUGCUACGGGCUCACCCAUAGACCUGCCCUCCUCGCUCGCGGCCUUAUUCGAAGCGAAGCUCACCCUGGAUCGCGAAAAAGCCAAGCUGCUUAAGAUGCAAGAAGAGCUCGAGGGGCAAAAAGAGAUUCAAGGGUUGAGAGAGAUGAUGGAUAGGCCCAUGCCGGAGGGGGCGUUCAGUCUGCCGCUGCCGAUGCCUAUGGGAGGGCCAGGGGGCAUGGGCAUGGGCAUGCCGUUCAGGAUCGCGGAGGGCGGUGUGGGCAUGGUCGGCAUGGGGGUGAUGCCGGUCAGGGUUGGAGGAAAGGGGGACGGACAGGUGGUUCUUGAAGAGGGAUGUACUUGUGGACAAUGUCAAAUGUACAUCCCCGAACCAGAGCCGGACGAAUGCUUUGAUUGCGAAAACGAUUGUGGGUGCGAUUGUCAUUCCUAUGAGGAAUACGAUUGCGAACACGAAGACGAUUAUGUGGAUGAGGAUGACGAGGAAGACUAUGACGAUGUAGACGAUGAAGAGUACGAGUAUGAAGACGAGAUUGACGAUGAGGGGCUCUACGAGGAGAGGCCGCCUCUAUCAGAAGACCCAGAACGCUUGGACGAGUAUGUCGGCCAAUUGUUCAACUGGGUGAAAACAGUGGUAUACGCGACAAUUGAGCAAAAGAGGUUUUCAGCACAUCUCAGACAACAAGCCAAUAAUGCCGCAUCUUCAUCCUCAUCCGCAUCAGCAUCUAUACCAGCAUUGCAAUGA